AUGUAUCCAUGCAAUCUCUUCUGGAUCAGGCGACCCCCAACAGAAGGAGUCAAGAAACAAACAAUCUACAUUAGGACAAGCAAGAAAGGAAAUCAGGCCAACGGCUUCGUCCGCAUCGGGUUGACUUCUAUCCAUUCCUGGGAUGAAACCGGUCUCGACCGAGGUCAAGAUAUACAAGUCACCCUUCUUCACGAGCUCACCCUCCGCGGUUUGCCGCAACAUCGCUUGCUUCACACCACGAGACACAGGAGACAAACCCUGCUUAUAGAAAAAACAAGCGAAAGCACUGGCUCGUACUGCGGUGUCAUACCCAUGGACGUUGCCGUAGAGCCUCGAAGAUCCCGAUCUCGUCCUGACACCGCGCGAAAUCUGACGGAAGCGUUCAUUGGGAAUGGCAGACAGCUUCGUACGAUACGGCGAGGACAUUCUCGAAUUCGACCCUCCAAGGGUCGACGUUUAGUCGCCUGCGGGUGGGUCCUCGUCGGCUGA